GGUGACGAGUUGAAUUACAGGACGUUUCACCAAAUAUCAUUCAGGGGUGCGCGCGCGUGAUGCAGAAUGCAGAGCUCUCAUUCAUCCUAUCAAACCAACAAAUCGAAUAUCAUCAUGGCACAGUUCGUUGCCACGUGCACCGGUGUUCUCUCUAACGUAGGGUCAAACCGCGUAUUGACGUUGAACCAAGGUGUUCUUUGUAUGGCCACCCAAGGUGAUCCAGGAGCUCAGACGUGGGUGACCACAUACGACCCUACCGCUGCCAACGCGAGCGUGAGGGGGUCGCUCAAGACCGGCACCAAUCACCUCGGAUGGACUAACAACACAGUUUUGGCGAUGGUCGGGAUAGACGGCACUUACAAUUGGAACUGUGGAACACAGGUGACCAUGGUCGCUGCAGCCGGGGUAAAUGUGACAGCCACUAUCUUGAAUGUGGUGUACUACUUGAAGGUCGAUGCCAACAACGAGCUCGUGUUCGACACUGUAGCUCCGGCGGCGGAGAACACCAGAGGGAAGUGGAGGUGGGUGGCUGCACCCGCAGCCUGAGGCGGCGUAGGAUGACAUUGGUCAUAUAUGCGUUUGCGAUUGUCGAAGGAUGUAAGAUCAACAUGAUCUAGGUUACUAUGUUCUGCGAAUGUGUACUCCGUUGUUUGAUGAAUCAUUGAGAUGCGUGUCCCUAGCACCGUAAGUAGUUAGAUGCAGAACAUAUUGAGCUUUCUCCCGGAUUCGAGUGCUGUCUUGAUUACACCGUGAAUCUAGGAAACGAUAGCA